AUGGGCUUUGACGAGAAGCCGGGCGGCGAGGGCCGCAAGGGCGGCGAGGGCGGCGAGGGCGGCGAGGGCGAGGGGUGGUUCAGAUGGAUGUUCUGCCCGAAGCGCUGGCCCAAGUCGGUGGCUCCAGACUAUAGCGACUUUCAGAAGUGGGACACGCUCCAGCAGAUCCUUUCACUCGUGAACAGCAAAUUUGGCGACCUCUCUUGGUUCGCCUUCCACGGUGUGGGACAGGCCUCCGCGUCGGUGCCGCGGGCCGUGCUGUUCACGGUGAGCCGGGACCUCUUCAGCCACAAGGUAUCCCUGCUGGGCUCCACUCCCAUGGCCAUCCGCUUGUUUGGAGCCUAUGUGAAGAUCUUCCGCUCCCUCUCUGGCACCCUCAUAGCCUUGACCUCCAUCGGGCAAAUCUGGGCCAUGCAGGCCAAUAGCUUGGCCAUCGUUUGGGGAGUUGGUAUGCUGCAAGCGCUGGGGAGCAAUAUGCACACAGCGACCCGCGCUUGCAUUCUCCAGCACUUCGCAAUAGAGCAAAACAACGGCGACAUUGUCUUGAAGGAGAACAACCAAGACAGAGCAGGCAGCCUCGGUGGUGUUUUGGGAGGACUUGUGAUUGUCUACUUCAUCAGCACUGGCUGGUCUGCGCACUCCGAUACUAUUGUGGCGGCGAGCAUUGUGAGCGUUGUCUUGAGCGUGCUGCAGACAAUUUUCAACCUGGCCUCAGCUUUUGUGCUGAGAGUGCCCCCUGCCACAUUCGCGCUGCAGCACUGCAAGACAAGGAAGUUUGUGGUGCUCAACCAUGGGUCGAUAGCGGCAGCAGAAGGUGAGGACCUCGCAGUCUUCAAGCUGACAACUGGCGAGAUCCGCGGGAAGGCGCUGGUGUCUGUGCAGGGCCAGUUCAUAGACCGGGACGGCCGGAUCACUACAGUGCCCACUGCCGUCUGGGUGGACGAGAGCGGGAAAAGCCUGAGACUUAGAGGGGAAGACUAUUUUCUGACACCCUGGGCGGGUGGUGGGAAAUCGAUUCCAGAUGGCUACUUCUUCCCACCAGGCUUUCCCGUCUCCAUGCCUGCUGGCUACGAUGAAGAUACCGCCUAUGACCUUUUGACCGGAAUGAUCCAGGCGCCGGAGGUGUUGCUGCUAUGGCUGCUUCGCUGGAAGUAUGUUCUUGGCGUGGGUGACGAUUCGAAGAGCCCCGCGUAUGCCUGCAUGGUGACCAUGUACCUUUCGGUGGCGGACAUGCUCUGCGGAUUGAUCUGCGGGCUGCCCAUUUUUGCCGACUUCUACAAUUGCAGGUACAUUCUCCCUUCGCGUAUUGUGGAGUUUUUCGGCAGCGUUCUCGAGAUGGUGGCGGCGGUUCUGCCAAUUCAUUGGUGGCUGGCAUUGGCUCCUUUGGCGCGCGCUAUGAGCACCUUCAGCAGUGUGAUUCAAUCCAAAGUGCACGCAGAGCGAGACCGUGUCUACACCGCAGACCCGCAGGUUGACCUGGUGCACCUGACGGUUUCUAGAAAGAAUCGGUGCGCCGUUCUGCACUUGAUCAGCACCGCGCUCUCCGUGUUUUACACGUGGCACCUCACUCUUGCUGACCAGUCUGCGGGGCCUUCUUGGGAAGGCAUUUUGGCGACGUUCAUCCUGGUCAGGCUUUUCAAGUUGGCCGCCGAUUGCAAGCGCAGCCAGAUCUUGCAGCGGGUGCUUGAAGGGCAUGCGGCUCCUCAGUCCUACGAGCUGUUGCCCCGCGCCAACUUCCAGCCGCAGAGGAGUACAGAGCCGCUGCCAAGGCGCCAAAGCUUCGCAUUGACGAAGUUCCUGAUGACUCUGGUGCUGGUCUUGGCAGAGGCUGCCCUCUAUGCAGGACUUGUCACCACGCUGUCCAGCAACACUCAGCAGCUUGAGCCUUGCACAGAAAGGUGCCUCCAGUUCAAGCUUUGGAAUGAUGAUACAUCCAUCCCGGGCACCGGCCUCUUUCCCUUCGAGGUGCAAAAUGGCCAGGACAGCUCACAGCUGGCGGAGACCUGCCGCCGCUUUGGCGGUUACAGCUGCGACCGGUUGCCCUCCAUUUGCGCCAGGAGCAAUCCCUGCGAGGAGCGGGCCGUCCGCAGGCAGGUGGAAGACCGGCUCGGUGGGUCCAAGUCCAAGUGGGCCUUCGUGGCAUCCAUCGGGGUCUACACGGUGCUGAAUCUUUGCCACGAUUGGGGCCUCCAGGCGGAGAUCAUCGGCCCCAGCGAUGCAGUGAUGCUUCACGUGCUGGCGACUUUGACCAUGGCCACGAUGGCUGCCUUUGCCUUGAUGUGGGCAUCUGGUGCCAUGGAGCUUUUCUUCAGCCCGUUGGGGGAGGAGGCCGGUCUGCCCUGCGGCUGCUACUUUCGCUUGGCGGAUGUGCCGUCCCUGGUGGCGUUGGCGCUGCCACUGAACCUGGUGGGCCGCCUCAAGACCAACGUGACGCAGGUCAUGCAUGCUGCAAUCAUUGACAGCAGCUUCCUGCGGACAGUCACCUUCUCGGUGCCGUACCACUUCAUUGCUGGAGCCGACCUGGAUCAUGGCGCACUAGGUCAGAGCAGCCUGCUUGGCGUAGCUGGCUUGGGAAGCCCCACGUGCACACGUGUGGGUCGCGUCUGGGACCGCUUCAGCUCCAAGCAGAGAGCCAAGCGCUGGGCACAGCGCCUGCCCUUGCUGGCGGUUGGGAUCAUUUUGAUGCCGCUGCUCUUCUCGAGCAGCUUUCUUAUCUAUCGAGUUGCAGACUUGGUGCUGCAGAUGAUGCGUGGCCUCGGUGUGCAUAUCGACCAAAAGAGCGGUACCCUGGGGCUCUUUGGGAUCUACAGCAUGAUCGCAUUGCAGGCUGUGGUGGUGGGAUACUUCAUGCGCGACACUUGGACUUUGUACUCAAUCCUCGCGGUGCAGAACAAGGACUGGGUGCCUGAUGACGCCUUUCUGGAACGCCUGGCUCAGGCCAAGCCUGAGCUGCGUUGGGCCUUUGACUCCUCUUCCCCUCCGCGCGCGCACUCCCGGCUGGGAGAGCUCAGUGGAGCGCUGCGGGAGGAGUUUGAAGGCUGCCUGGUGGACUUGGAGGAGGUGCCGAACACCCCAGCCGACUCCGAAGCAGCCAAGUGGUGUGAGGCCUACAACGGCAUCCGCCGGUGCAAUGAGCAGUUGGAGCUGAAGAUAGCUGAGCUCCGCGAGCGCAUCAACGAGAAGGAGGAUCAGAAGUCGGGGGACUACUACUCCUGGACGGCUCGCAUGGACCUGGGCCCAAUCAAGUACAAAGGAAUCAAGUUCACGGACCUCCAAUUCGACCGGUACCACCGUGAAAAGGGGUCCUCUUUCUACUUCCUCGAGCUGAAGCUGCCCUUGGGCCUUGCGCUGGAGGAGGUGGAAGUCGAGGGCGUGGGCACGGUCAUCCAGGUAGUGGAGGUGGUUGAGGGCGGCAGCGCUUUGGUGGACGGUUCAAUCCGUGUGGGUGACUAUUUGCGGGCUGUAACCACCCCGCAGCGGCGCUUGAGCGGCGACGAGGGGGAGGAAGGCUGUUCUGGUCAUACCCCGCGGCUUUCCGUUCAACAAGGUCAUGGAUGA